AUGCUCCCAGACAACCAGACGCCGAUGUGCUGCGGGUGCAGCAGCGGGCGUUGCCGCGAGCAGGGUCGCCGGGCCGCGCGGGCCCCCUUGCCCACCCGGGGAUGCGCGAGUGAAGCUGCGGCCCUCAGGUUGGACGACCUCUACGUCGGCCGGGGCUGUGGCCGAUUGUCGGCCAAUCGUUCCUUUUGGGCCAAUCCUGUCAAGAUCUCCCAGGAGAUGCCGCGCGAGGCGGCCAUCGACAAGUUUGCAGAGUACCUCUGCAAUAGUGACGAGAUGAUGAAACGCCUGCCAGAGCUCGGGGGAAAACGGUUGGUGUGCUACUGUGCGACCUGGUGCAGGUGCCACGCCGACCGCCGUGGAGGCGCCGCUGUCUCUAGCGCAGCAGGCAGUCCCGCAUCUGGCGCGGACAGGGAUCGGAUGAAUGACCAAUUCAAAUUCGCGGAGGUGUUCGCUGGCAGCGCCAAGCUCUCGAAUGAGAUGAUGCAGCACGGGUGCGCAGCAGUUCCCAUUCUCAAACUGGAUCUCACGACCAGAGCUGGCCGCGAAGCGCUCCACCGCAUCUACGGCGAUCCAGACGUCGAGGCAGCGUGGUUUGCGCCGCCGGGCGAGACCUUCUGCCGAGCCAGGGAGACACUUAUCCUUAUGCGGCUGCGGAAGGAGAGCCGCCCUGCCCCGCGACCACUCCGCGAUGACCGCAACCCGCUCGGAAUCCCCAGCCUGUCCACAGCGGAUGCCGCCAAUGUCGCGAAAGAGAACCAGCUCGCGGAUGUUGCGGCCGAGUCCGCCGCAACGCUGCGUGGGGGCGGCGAGCUGCGGGCCAUUGAGAGCCCCGCCCGCAGCUGGAUUUGGAAACGCCCAUCUCUGGAGAGGCUGGCGGUGCUGCCGGGCGUCCGCGAGGCGAUCUUCCAGCGGUGCAUGUACGGCGGGACGCGGGACAAGAGCACCAAGAUCUUCGCCAGUUCACGGUGGUUGGCCGACGCCAUGUGUGCGACCUGUGACAAGAGUCACGCCCGCAGCUCUUGGGGGUCAUGCUUUCGCAGCCGCUGGAGCGCGGCGUCGGUCGCAGAGUGCGAGUGCCCGGACAUCGUGCGCAGCGUCGUUGCCAACGCUUUCGACGAGGACUUGUGCUACCUUGCCAGCAAGUACGACGAGGCGCUGUUAGCCAAAAGGGGGGCCAUGGACGAUGGGCGCAACGUGGGCCCGAGCGCGGGCGCGACUCCUCGGAGUCUGCCUGCCCAUCCGCCCUGGGUGCCUGUCGGCCGCCAGAGGUCCAAGCUCGGCCACAACGUCGCCCCGGAGUUCAAGAAGGUCAUUCCCGCGGGCUCACUGAGGACGAUGUUCGACUGCGAGAGCCCAUUGCCCACGCCAUGGAGUUCCACGAUGGCGCCGUCGUGCCUGCUGGGUCCACUCCUUUUCGUUCAGCGAAGCCUUUGGCGGGGGUGUGGCGGGCUGAACUUCGGCGUGCCGUGGGCGCCCCGAGAGAUUUUGGGCCUCGCCCUGCUCGCCAAGCGCCCGUUCGACGCUCCCCCCGCCGUAGACGACGACGUGGCCGCGGCCGUCUUCGACCUCUUGACCACGCCGCUCGGGGACAUCAAGACGAAGCUCGACGCGACGAAGGCGCAGUGGCAGGAUCAAUCGGCAUUUCUCCGCGAUGCCGAGCGUCGCCUGCACGAGCAAAUGCACCCCCGGGUGCAGGGUGUGCUGGGCGGCAAAAACGUUUUGGUCUUUCAGCAUAUGUUCCAGUCCGUGGGCCACGCCGACGCGGGCGUCGCGAGCGACGCGGCGACUGGCUUCAGGCUCGUCGGGGAUUUCGGCUGCUGCGGGGCUUUCCCUCCCAAGCCCUCAGACAAGGUCGAGGAGGGCCGGCCAAAGCGGUGGCUGUUGGGGCAGGCGCCAGCAGUCAGGGCCUCCCUCGAGGCUGCGGCAGCAAACCAGCACCGCGCCGCCGAUCGCCGGAUCGACGCGGAGGUCUUGGAGAAGACUCGCGUCGAGGUGCAGCGGGGCCUCGCGAGUGGGCCGUUCUUGCCUGGCCAACUGGAUGAGGUCCUCGGCCCCCGGUGGGCCCCAAGCCGCCGAUUCGGUGUGGUCCAGGGCGAGAAGGUGCAGCCCAUCGACGACCUCGCGGCGUCCUUCGUGAACGGCGCCGCCACCAUCCGGGACGAGAUCUCCUGGGAAGGGGUCGACGGGGUGGCGUCAGUCGCCAAACUGUGGGCGCGCCUCGUGGCCGGGCCGGAGGACGUGACUUGGACUCUGCAGUCGGGUCGGGUGCUGCGCGGGCGCCACUUGUGGAAAGACGACGUUUCGGUCGGAAAAUGUUUCGACCUUGUGGAGCCGUGCAAGCAGCUGGCUGUUACGCCUGUCGAUUCCGACUGCGCUGUGUUUGCUUGUGCGGACCCCCAGCGCCCGGGCGAAGUGCUGUAUUUCGUUGCGAGCGCCUUGCCCUUCGGGGCCCGGGCCUCGGUGCUGGGGUUCAGUCGAGCCGCGGCCGCCCUCGAAAUCUGUGCCAUCAGGUUGGACAGCGUGCCGAUCACCAAUGAUCUCGAUGACUUCCCGUUUGUGGUGCCGAAGGUCCUCUCCGAGUGGAUGGGGGGGGGGCGUUCCAGGCUUGCGCUGGCGGUCUCGGAUGGAGAACUUCCUCCAGACACGCUGCCUUCCGCAGCGGGGGCAGCGCGACUCGUGGGCGAGCUGCAGUUCGCAUCGCCGCAGAUAUUCGGCCGCUGCGGCGCGGCUGGGCUGAGGCACAUCCGGGGGAGAGCGGACGGCAAGGCCCAGGGGAGAGGCGUGGGUGGCGUGCUCGACGGAGUUCUCCGCUGCUGGCUGGAGUAUCUGGCGGCUGCCAAGCCGCGCGGCGUGCGCCGCCUUGGGGCCUCUCCCCCGCUGGUCCUGUUCACGGACGGUGCGCGCGAACUGGUGGGCGGAGCGGUUCGCGGGGGCAUCGGGGCAGUCCUGGUCGAUCCCGUGUCGAAGUUGGUGGAUGCCUUCGGGCGCGACAUCCCACUUGUCUUGAUGGAGCAGUUGGCUCGCGAGACUGGGCGCGAACAGCUGAUCGGCCAGCUCGAGAUUUUGCUUAUGUUGGCUGCGAGGAUCAAGUGGGCCAGCGUCUUCGAGAAGCAUCCCGGCAGGAGCGUGCUGGGAUUCGUCGAUAAUGACAGCGCCCGCUUCGGGUUGAUCAAAGGAUACAGCCCGUCGCCAACAAGCGUGUGGCUCCUGGGCGAGCACUGGCAGGUGCGCGACCAGGCCAGCCGCGGCGAGGAAGUCCAGGAGGCGAGGAAGCCGAGCCUCAUGCCCCACGCAGAUCAGCCUCUGGCCGCUUCCACGGGGCAGCGGACUGCGAUCAUCGUUGAGAAUGCCUUGGCCCACGGGCGCGAGGACAUCGAAGAGAGGCAGCACGAGAUGCGCAAAGUGCUCAAGAGGAUAAUCCCAGAGAUCGAGGAGGUGUUCGACAAACUCGACAGUGACAGAAGCGGGGUCCUGACAUUCGAGGAGAUCGAGGCUGCGUCGAAUACAGGGGAAUUGGCUCUGCCGGAGGACAUCCGGGAAAUUGUUGAGCCACACAGGCUCCUGGAGAUUUUCGAGUUCUUGGACAUGGACCAGUCUGGGGAUAUCGAGAUUGAUGAGUUCGUCGAUGGCGUCUGUAGCCUGGCGGUGUCCGCUGUGCCGAUAGAGACGACACAGAUCUUGCAGCUGAUCCGAAGGACGCACCAUUCAGUGAUGGCCAUGGAGCUCAUCCAGCGGCUGAGCGCCGGCGAGCAGGACGCGGGCCUGGACGGGCUGCCGCCGCUCGGCAGGCCAGACCCGACGCCGGUCGUCGACAUGAGCGCCGGCCUCGGCGGCGGCAAGGCGCCCGCGCCUGGCAAAUUGCUCUCCUGCGGGGGCGCCGUCCGCGUGGUGAAGGGGGACAGGGCCCGGCGAGCCGUCAUCACGUUCGUGGACGACGACGCGAACACCGUCGACGUGAUCUAUCCCAGACCUGGCGGCGGGGAGGACGAGGAGGAGGGCGUGGCGGCAAAGUUUGUGCACCAGCUGCUCCCCUUUGAGACCGACGUGGCCGCCCGGGCCGCGGAGCCCGCGGCCUUCGCCGAGAGCCUCUUCCGUGCGGCGGCGGCCGCCAAGGAGCAAGGCAACCAGCUCUUCAAGCUCAAGGACUUCGAGGCUGCGCAGGAGCGCUACACAGCGGUGGCCGACGCUUUCUGCACCAGGCCCCUGAGCAGUGGUCAGCAGGUCCUCCUGGUGGCGAAGAGCGAAGGCAAGUCAGAGCUCAAGUGCCUCACCCUCAUGUCGUAUGACGCCGAGGGCGAGUGCGAGCUGAGCAACGGUGACACGGUCGAGGCAGCGUCUGUCAUGCCCGUGUUCCAGGAGCUGCUCCCGCUGCAGACGUCCGUGUUCAUGAACCGCGCCAGGUGCAGGCAGAACCUGGGCCUCCACCAGGGCGCGGCCCACGACCUGACGGUCGUGCUUGGCCUCUGGGCCUCGGCGGACAAGCGGAUGCUCGAGUCGGACCCCGAGAUGAAGGAGGCUUCAGCGAAGGGCUUGUACACAGCCGAGUAUCUGCGGGGGCGUUCGCGUCUGGCCCUGGGCUUUGCCAAGGCGGCCGCGGACGACGUGAAGGCCGCCCUCGCGCGCGCGCCACCACCGGCCACGGUGAAGCAGCUGCGGGAGCUAAAGGUCGAGGUGCAGGCGGCCCAGGAGAAGUACCGGCAGACCAACGGCCCGCUCGUGAAGGAGCUGGCCAAGCUGGUGAUCUCGCUCCGCGGGGGACCCAAGAUAUCGUGAGGAUGGUCAGGGCAGCUGGAACCACAGGUACGGUGAGGUGUGCCCUCCUCCUCUCACUCUUGCCUCUUUCUCCUGUUCCCCCUGUUUACGUGCACUCCUCCUCCUCCUCCUCCUCCUCCGCCCUGGCCGCCGUCGACCGCCUCAACAUCACGAAGUAGCCCCCUGAGGCCUAGGCUCCCCGCCGCCGCGGCCCGCUGCCGCGUCGCACAGGAGCCCGCCCUCAGGCUACUGGCGCUCUUCGUCCUCCUCCUCCUCCUCCCCCUCCUCCUCCUCC